AAAUGCCCUGACACGUAAAGAUCGAAUUUCAUCCAUCAAUCUCCAAUAUUCAUCCAAAAAAUCCUGUAUCAUCAAUACCCUAACAACAAACUCCCCCAAAAUGACGCGAAAGAAUAAGAAAGACAGGAAAACAACAGAAACUCGUGUCCAUGGUGAAUUCAGAGGCGCAUGUGUCCCGUGACAUAGACCAGAGAAGCAGGUUGCUUUCACUGGUAAAGUGUAGUAGAGGGUGAAAAAAAAAAAAUGUUGGAAAAGAGUGAGGAAGGAAUGAGCGUAAAAAGAGAGGUGAAAAAAAAGUGAAAAAAAAAUGGAGCAGAGGGGUAUGUGAAGAGUUGGCAGGUAGAGUGGUGUGUGGUUGAAACGAGUGUGUGUGAGACAUUCGCAGGAAGGGGUUGCGCGGUUGAGGUAGGGGUUUGGCUCGGGCGACGACGCCAGAACGCCUGGCAUCGUCAAGCCGUCACUAUGACAACGGUGACAAGCGAGGUGUUAGUGCGCAUCCGUGACCACGCCUACGUCACGUCGGCUCCCGCUAUGACGUCAGUUAGAAAUUCAACAUCAGCGCCAUCGAAUGGACUAGCGUGGUGAACGGCUGUUGCUGAUACUAAAAUACAGGCGCUAUCUAUACGACAGAGGUUAGACGGUGUCAGCGGCAGCCGCCUGUUGCUAUCUUUCAGAACGUUAGUAUGGGUACAUAAGGGGCAAGGGGGAUGGAGGGCACCUUCCUGGCAUGGGUACAUAUUCAGCCACUACUGAUGCUGCCACUGGCGGCUCUACCGUGGAAACUCUCAACCAGGGGUUCCUACCAUUGAACAACGUUGCCCCACCAACUGCCCCUUCCGUCGACGGAAAAUUUCUCCCCCCAUCGUUGCGUCGCGUUUCCUCUUUACCAGCCCCCCUCCUACCCAACCCCUAAGGACCGUACGAGAGUUUCUCUCCGCCAGUCAGCCAUCUGCCUCACCGCCACACUGCGCCAAGUGUAAAGAUCGUGUUUAAACAAUAACAAUUUGACGUUAUUUUUGUCAAACGAUUGACGAACUUGUUCUAACGCUGUGUGAUCAAUCGUAUGAGUUAUUUUUCCGCUUUUAUUCGAAAAAAAUUUAUCAUUUUAUUUCGUCAUUAUUCGUGAUAAACGACGGAGAGUCUUAUGCAGAUGUAAUUGUCAAUUCAAUUGAGAACGUUUGAACAUUUAAAUAAUAUAGUUGAUCCGAAUAAAUAGAGGGAAAUAAGGACGUGGGGGUGCGCGAGGGGGAGCAACACGAGGAGCGCGCGUGCGAGAGGGGACACGUCGCCGUCAAUCGGCAGCCUUUGAUUCAACUGAGCACUUCGACCAGACAUCCUGCAUCAACACGCGUUAGCCACGAGCUGGGGAUCAAGUUUUAUGGAUCAUAGAAGGCAAACAUUCCAUGAAAAGCCAAUCUUCAAUUUCCAAAAGGAACAACACAACAGCUCGUGUAUAACUCAGUAACCAUCAAAUUCCAUCAUUCUGACCGCAAUACAAAGCCGGCAACCGAAAAAGAACCCGGAAAAUUGAAACCAAUUGCGGAAAAUAUCACUAAUGGGUGUGGGAAGGUACGUUUUUUGUUGCCAGUAUAUUUGAUUUCAACUUGAAGGAAAAAGGUAAGCGCAAGCUUUUCCCCAAGUUUAACUCUAGACUCCAUUGCCAGAUUCAUUCAGGGAGCUGUCGUUGGCAGUUGCGUUACUCUCUAUUCUACUCAGCAAGAAGUACACUGAAAAUACGUUCAACAAAGUUUUCGGCAAUGCUGCUUCACCCGCCAACAAUAAUUGCACAACGAAUAAAGUAAAUACAAGGGACAAUCGUGGCAGCUCCUAAUGACCCUUUUUUUUACAAUAAAAUAUGAAAUUGAAGUGGUUUAUCAACAUUUUGUCCUGAGGUGUACUUUACGUAAUGGCUGAGAGCCAUCAGAGGCUCUGUCGGUCUUCCUGAAACCGCGAAUUUUCAUAUCCCAAGGGUCGUAUCUUAACGCAACAAUAAGGUAUACCCCCGUUGUUAUUCACUCAGUCUUCGAGGAUACACCUUGCAAGUGUUACACUUUAUCGUCGUCGUGAAUGAACUACGAUAUGAAACGAGUUAGCAUCCCAUAAACUCCCGUGCCCAGAAGCAAUUUAAACGUUCGCUGUUGUUGAAUUGAUAUACCCUCUUGGAUGUGUAAAAGUGUACGAUAUACGAAAGUAAAAAAAGGAAUGGGUAAAAACGUCAGGCGAAUGGAGGGUGUGUGUGUCUGCCUUUUCAAAUUGCGAAGCCGUAUAAAAGAAAAGCGGCUGGGCAUGAUUGAACUAUAAUGACGCGGCAGCUGAGGAAACGAACAAAAAAGGAGACUCAAGUUCGUAGGAUGGGUUCUACGACGUUGAGUUAAAUAAGGCGAAAGAUGGAAAACGGAGCUAAAAUUACAAAAAACGACGGGAGAACUUCUGACGAAUACGAGUCAAAGCAUUUUAUUAGUAUACAGAGGUUCCUCAUGCUUUCUUCUUCCUUCUUGAACCUGUGGUGUUUCAAGAAUGGUUGAAAACAACUGUAAGGUUUCGAAAAUUCAUUACGUCGAAGCUGUACAUUGCAAGAAUUAAAGAAGAUGAAUUCAUUUGUAAUUGCGUUUAUAUUUUUUUAUUCUCACGAGAACUUGAAUUGUCGCCCAGAAGAACACAGUUACCUCUCACCAAACGGAUAAUAAAGUCUCCCAACACUUGCAUUUGAUGAAGUUCAAUAAAGCAAAGGAUUACCACAGAAAGUCUAAGAAAUUGGAGUCCAAGUAUUUUAUUAAUGAGCCAAGUUUCUGUCCCUUUCCUCUUCCUUUCCGAACCUAUAGUGAUUCAAAAACGAUUGAAGAGAAUCCUAAGGUUUCCAAAAUUAAUUCUGUCGAAGAAUUAAAUUGUGCUAUUGAAGAAGAUGACUUGUUCUGCAAUUGGUUCUUACCACCACUCAAUCCCCCCACUUCACGUCUUCCGUUUUCUCAAGAUUCCGUUUCAUCGUUCAGAGGAGUAUAGCUGCCCCAUACCAACCUGUGGCCAACUCUACCAUCAUCACUUUGCUUCGGAUGAGGGGGUUGUCGCCAGGCAGACGCCCACACCACAGCCAAUGGUGUCGGAGGACAGAGGGUGCCUCUCUGCAAGCCCUCCGGCACGCAACACACUCAACUUAAUGAGAACAGGGACAUUCUGUAUCCUGAUACCACUAAAUCGGCAUGCACCUUCAGCUGAUACCCAUCAGCAGUGUGAUGCAACCAAUCCGAAUGGAGCGAAUCGAAUAAUUAUUGGCGGACGAACAUGCGAGCUGAGUUUAACUCUUGGGAAGACUGCAUUUAUGCAUGAACUGGGAUUAUCUAGAGGAAAAUAUUCCCCAAGCUGUUCGACUAUGCAAAAAUUUUCUCAGAUAAAUAGUGUUCGCCGAAUGUAUUUGGAGUGAUGGCAGGUCUACUGGGAAUUCCCCUGUCUAAUGGAUUAUAUGGGCCAGUAUUGAUAGUAUUUUUGGAUAGGGGUUCCAGCUACAAUCAGCAUACGAAAACGAAACAAUCGCCGAUCAUCAUAAGAGUUCAUAAAUCCAUGCUGUGGAAUAACAAUUGAAAAUAUUAUUUCCCUAACCAACUAAAUUCCCCAUUCGUCAAAAAUCCAAUUCAUGUGCUCAAUAAACGCGCCAGGAACUGGAAGUGAUUCAUAAAUUUCCUGUAAAUCACGAAGAAGCGAUAGGUUUUCGACAAUGUCAAUGCAACAGGCUAUAUGAGAAAACUAACUACGUACUUACAUCAGAGGCCUACGUUAUACGUAUUUCAACUAGGUUAGCAACUGGUGGUUGAGAAAGUACCGAGGCCACUACCAAGACCACCUUAGCACAUCGUGGCCCCGUUACGUUUGUUCUCAAAUAGAGAGAAAAUCCAUGGGAUAAGCGGGUGCGAGGAUUGGCGGCUAGCCAAAACCGAGCCGAGAACCCGCCUUCAAAGUGUGCUUGAGUGCCUAACCUCAAAUUCAAUAUAACAAUCUCAUCAGUAUCUCCCGUAAUUUCCAAAUAGAGUAUCAGACGUGAGAAACAAAAAAAAACUCUUCGAUUGAUUAGAAGAUUCCAAAUUCCGAUAAACAAUCAAAGAUUUGAUACUCCCAAAUCACUGAACCAUAAAUCCGAAAUGACCAGAAGAAUGGCUAGAGGUGAGCCCAGUCCCAGGCCGGUUUUCACCACUGGAAAAUGUCUUUCACCGCUUAUGCAUAAGUGAUAGGUCCCGAAAGGGCCGUGUUGGAGUCGACAUUCAACCCCAACUGAAUAUCCUUUCCCUUUAUCCAAAGCGCAGCAAAGCCCCCUCGGUGAAACUCGGAUACAUGUAUCCAUAAAUGAUGCACAGCCUCUAAGAACGUCCUAAACAUUCCGAUCGCGCAUCACAGCUCCCGCGGGACAGCCAAAUGCCGUAUCACUGCCCUUAUCCCCUGAAUUUCUCUCAAUACCUAAUAGAUUCCAAAAGCUCCCUAUUCCUCACAAUAUCCAUUAUGUCUCGAAUAGUUUUUCCCCUCGCCAGAACCGAGCAAACUUAUAGGUGGGAUAUCUCCUAGCUUUCUCCAAUUAUGACAAUCUUUUCUCCUGAUACCAGAGAGCCUAAAACAUAUUUGACGAAAGAGAUUGAAAGAGAUUAAUGUAUAAGUACGGCUUAGAAAGGUGAUUGGGCCAAUUCCAAUGUAUGGUUAGAAUGUAAAAGGUCUCCAGUAUCCUCUAGACCCUUCAAAUUAUAUCUAAAUCACUCUCACUAUUUACCAUAAUUAUCUUCUAACCUGCUUGAAUUAUAAUUAUAAUUUAAUAAAGCCUCAAAUAUAUAUUAAAUAUAGAAUUAAUUGAUUUUUAAAUGAGUUGAAAUUGAGAAUGAUUUGGUCUACCCUGGAGAUCAA